GGCGUUCGAGUUUUCCUUCAGUCGGCCCUGUAAACUCCGCGUGGAGCUACGCAGAAGACGUGCAGAAUGCUUGCCCCCAGUGCAGUGAUUAUCCUGGCUGUCGCGUGCACGGCCCACGCCGGCAACCUGCCCGCUCCUACGGCCCUACGAUACGAGGUGCCGGCUUCGUGGCAGGGCUACGCUCCCUCGCAGUACGCGCUGCCCGCUGCCCCAGCAUACGCGCAGGCUCCUGCGCGCGGCGCACAAGCAUAUGCGCCAGCUCCGGCACCAGCGUACGCGCCGGCUCCUGUCGCUGCUGCUCCACCGCAGCCGGCUCCCUACCGAGCUCCUCCGGCACCGGUGCGCGCACCCGCUCCCGCACCACGACCAGUGGCUGGCUACGGCGCGCCGGUGCAGCAGGCCAUUACGAGCUCGUACUCGAUCAAGACUGUGCACGGAGCACCCGUGGCGCCAGCCGCUGUUGCGCCAGCGCCGGUGGCCGCUGCUCCGGCACCGGUUCCCGCCGGCCCAGCACCACUUUCUGCUGCACCAGCGCCGGGCUCUUACGCCGCUCCUGCUGCUGCUCCUGCGCCCAGGGCGUUUGCCAAUCCUGGUCCAGGCGUAGCUCCGGUGGCGUAUGCACCACCCAGCAGGGGACUCGGAGCUCCGGGCGUGGCCUCCUACGGACCGUACCCCGCCGUCGGCUACGCCGCUACAGGAAACUACGGAAGAUAUGUUGGAUAGGUCCUCACUCAUGAGACAUUUCUGCAUGGAAUGCCUGUCCCUCGGCCCUACUCGCUCUCCCACCGCCUGCAAUACUCGACAACGCCAAGCGCACCACUCAUUGCAAACGCCGCGCCAUCUCACUGCAAGUGCAAUACACGGUCAUCGUCACGUCCCACUGCAUGUAUACAAAAAUAAAGUCAAAAC